GUACCUGCUGACAGCGUCCCACAUCAAGACGGAGGUGCUCCAGGAGAUGUAUGGCAAGUUGGAGGAAGAGCAGGCGAAGCUUUCAGAUGGAAAGGACGAGGUCUUUGGGAAGCUGCCGGGUUUGCCGAAGGACUCCUGGAUGCUCCCACGCUUGGCGAGUGCGGCCAAAACAAGGAUAGCUCACCUCGAAAGCCUCAUGCGGGAGCUGGAGAAAGAAGCGGAUGCUGAUGAUACGGCCCGAGAGCCACAUGAAGAUCAGCAUGCCGAGUUCAUCCGACAGGGCAGCAUCCAUAUGCAGCAGAGGGCCAAGGCCAGGGAAGCCGCCAACAAAGCCAUCGAGGCCAUGCGAAGUGCGCAGGAGCGUUGCAAGGAGGAGCAGGAAAAGCUGGCCGAAGGUCGGCUGCAAGUGCACCUCGUCCAGGCUCAGGUGCUUUCUCUAAAGCAGAUCAUGGACAGUUGAGCGUGGUAUCUGGAGGAAUUUCAGGUGUUUUUACACCAAAUAGGGAUGGAAUAUCC